AUGAAUUCAGUUAUAGUGGCCAACAAGCAAUUUGAGCCGGAAGUCGUUUCGAACCUGGACUCUUCGUCAUGGUCGUGGUUUGAGCCGCUGGAGAAUAUUAUCUCGUCUGCGUCGAGCAGUUCGAUGGGGUCGCCGAUCGGCAGCGCGGGAGCAGCAGCUGCGGUGACGGGGACAGCACAGGUCACAGCGGGCCACGGUGAGCCAUCGUUGAUCGAUGCCGACAUGCUCGCUGGUACGAGCGGUGUAGCGCAGGUCAGCGGCGCGGGCUCCGACGGUGCAAGCAUGUUUGGCGACGUUUUCACAGAUCCGUCCUCUUAUUCCAACUCGCCGACGAACGAUUUCCUGCCCGUGGAAGUGAAAAAGGAACAGCAGCACGAGGAGUUCAACCUGGGGAAGGGAAUGCCACAGGGCCAGGUGGGACAAGAGCAAGAGCAAGAGCAAGAGCAAGAGCAGGAGCAAGAGCAGGAUCAAGAGCAAGAGCAGGAUCAGGACCAAGCGCAGGCUCAGGGCCAGACCCUUAAGAAGAAAAGAGCUCCCAGAAAGAGACUCACGUCACAUCAGAAACAAGCGCACAACAAGAUCGAAAAACGCUAUAGAAUCAACAUCAACACCAAGAUUGCGAAAUUGCAGCAGAUCAUUCCAUGGGUUGCCAGCGAGCAAACAGCGUUCGAAAUCGGCGACUCUGCAAAGAGAGCGAAGGACGAAUUGCUCAACGAUUCAACGACAAGCACUGCUACAAGCACUGGGACGACGACUCCGAUCGCGUCGGAGCUCGCGGCCUCUUCGACCAAGUUGAACAAAAGUAUGAUCUUGGAGAAAGCGGUUGACUAUAUCCUUUAUUUGCAAAAUAGCGAAAGACUUUAUGAAAUGGAGGUUCAACGGCUCAAAAACGAACUUGAAUCCUUGAAGAAAAACUAG